AUGACUAAAGAGAUAUUACUGUCCUUAGUAUAUAAUGCUAGCACUCAGUUAAGUAACGAAAUAGCAGAACUGAAUGAUGAUAUUCUUUUUUUAGAAAACGAAUUAAACAUAAGAAAAGAUAAGAAAAUUUAUGGCAUAGGGAAAAGAAGGUGGAAAGGAAGGAAAAAAAAAAAAUAUGAAAAAUUAAAUGAGUUUUUAUCAAAAUAUAUUAUGUUUUUAUUGGACGAAAGGAAGAAUGAAUUUACCAGUUCUCAUAAUGAACAUAAAUUGAAGAAAGAUAUUAACAUAAAACAAUUAAUAGAAAAUAUGAAUAAAACGAGUGUAAAUUAUGAACAAGGAAACAUUUCAAUGUUAAACACAACAAUGUUAAAUGAAAUGUAUCAAAAAAGAAAUACACUAAAAGAUAUUUUAAAGUUAAUUCAAAUGAAUAGUAUACAGAAUUUAAGUGAUGAAAAAUCACAAAAGUUAUUUUUAGAUUUAUUGAACAAAAUGAAAGAUAUAAACAAGUCAUACAAAAUAGAAGAAGACAAGGAAAAUAAAUUAAUAAGCAGUAAUAGAAUAAAUAAAUCCAAAAUAGAUAUGAAAAAAAGUGGAAAAGAUAUAAAUAAGGUUGGAAAACAAUUUGUAGACUAUUUAAAUAGUACUAAUGAGGAAAUUUGGGGGGGAGUUGAGGGUUCUUCCACUGCCCCUUCAACAACGUCCUUUGUAGAUUCAAAUAGUGAAAGAAUGAGUGAUUCGGAAAGAAUGAGUAUUUCAAUAAAUGCUAGGAAACAGUUUUUUCUGAAUGGUGUAGGAGACGUAAUGACAGGGAUUGGAGAAAAUGAAGAAGUGAAAAAAGUUGGCAGAAAGGGCAAAUGUGACAAAUAUGACUCAAAUAGCACAAAUGAACAUAGAAAUGGAACUAAAAUCGAAAAAGCAAAUUCAAGCAUUUUUGACUCCUGCACACAUCACGAAUCGCUGAAUAAUUUUUUUUUAAAUGAUAAAUUAAAAACAACGGAAAACGAACAUACAUUAUCGAGUAAGGACAGUUGGAUAAGAAAAAGCUUUAGUAAUACUGAAAAAAAAUGCCCAACAUUACUUAUGGACAAUGAAAAAUUUAAUAAGCAGAGAAUAUUUCAUACUCUAGUAAGAGAAAAAACAAAAUUGAACAGUAACAUUAUUUUAAAAAGUGAAUCUGAUGAAAAUUCAAACAACUAUUUGACAACAUUUAUGAAUACGAAUGAAAAUAGAAGAUCUGUAAAAUGUAAACCAAAAGUAGUAAUAUCACCAUUUCCGCCUUCAUUAAAUAGAAAUAACAAAAAUGUGCAACCAGAAAGGAUUAAUGCAACAAAUGAUAAGGAAGAGAAAAGGAAAAAUCGCUCAAGUUCUUCAAGUUCAUUUUCUUCUUCAUGCUCCUCGUCUGAUUCGAAAGGCAGUGAGUGUGCAUCUAAUAAUCCUAGGAAUCAUUUUGGAAAAAAAAGAUAUCUCUUCAGAAUUAAUAAAAAUGGAAUUGGCUCUUUUUUAGUAAAUAAAGAAGAAGGGAAAUCACGCAGUUAUGUUUACGAUUUUGAACUUGUAUACGAUGACUCCGAUUUGGGAACAGGUACAGAUAUAAGAGGCGGAAAAAGAAGGACAAAUGAAGAGACAAAUGGAGAGGCAAAUAGAGAGGCAAAUGGAGAGGCAAAUAGAGAGGCAAAUGGAGAGGCAAAUAGAGAGGCAAAUGGAGAGGUAAAUAAAGAGGCAGUAAAUAUAACAUCAAAGGAAAUGAAAAUAUUUCAUUUCUCCUUUUUGAAGAGAGGCAAAAAAAUAUGCGGCGUAAAUAAUUUGUACAUGGCGAAGGACAAGGUAGUCAGACUUUUACAAUUUCUUGAUGGUAUUAAUUCCAACAAUGAGAAUGUUAACAUUUUUAAAGGAGGAAAAAAUGACGAUAGACAAAUCCAGUAUAAUGAUAUUGAUGAGGAAGAGGGGAAGAAAAAGAAAAUAAACCUAUUAGAGGAAAAUAUAAAAAAUUUAAGAGAAGAAAAUUUUAGAAGAAAAUAUGAAUUAACAAGAAUAAUUGAUGACAUAAGAAACAAAAAACAUUUUAGUAGUAAUGAAAUAGGGUCAUACAAUAUGGAAUUUAUUGAAACGAAUAGAUUGAGAGGAUUGUAUAUACAACUACUAGAUAAACAAAGUCAAUUAGAGAGAGAUAAAAAUUUUUAUAAAAAUGAGCUAGAGAAAUUAAAGGAAGAUAUAAAAAAUGAUAGAGCCCCUAUAGCUGAUUUUCUGAAAGAGGAAAAGAACAAGUAUAUAGAAAGAGAAAAAAUAUUUUAUAAAAAAGAAAAACGAUUUUUAAAAAUAAAAAAUCAAUUAAAAAAAAAAGUUAUUGAACUUGAGAAUGCAUUAGAAUUAACUCAAGAUCAGUUAAGCCUAGAAAAGGGUUUAAAUGAAAAUUUACAUGUUAGAAUUGAAGAGAAUAGAAUUAUUUUAGAAAAAAAAGAAUCUGAAACAAACAAUACAAAUAAAAUGAAUGAAUCUAAAAUAAGCACAUUGAACACAGAGCGUGAACAGUUAAGGGAAUCCAUUAAAAUGGAAAUAAAAGAAAAAGAAAAGUUAAUAGAAGAAAUAACUAUGUUAAAAAAAGAUCAAACCUUUGAAAACUUUCGAAAAGUUGUGUUACACAAAAUUACUAAAACAAAUGGUGAUAUAAAAUAUUUAGCCGAAAUACUUGAAUUACUAACAAAAGAACUUGAACAGAAAAUUAUCCAAGAAAAUAAAAGUUCAAAAGAAGUAGAAGAAUUACAAGAGAGUUAUCAAAAAAAUGUGGAGUUACUAAAUAUAACAAAAACACAACUAGGUGAAGACAAAAAAAAAAUAAAAAAUUUGAACGAACAGAUAUCGUACUUGAGUGAAAAAAAUACAAACUUAAUAGAAAGCAUAAAAUAUUUAUUAUUACAGAAUAGUGAAAAAGGAAAAAAAAAAGAAACGAGCACUGAAGAAUGUUUUCUUUUUUCCGAUGAUGAAAGGAAAAGACGGAAGGAAAAAUUGACUCAUGACAGCAAAUAUAGCGGCCAAUAUGAAGACAAAUAUGAAGACAAAUAUGCCAUACCUCACAUUUCAAAUUAUGGGAAAAAACGAUGUAGCAAAAAUAAACAAAGUGUAACAGUUUUUUCGGAUAACAGCAGUAGAUCCUCAUUCUUGUAUAACAAUUCUGAUACAAAGAGCAGUAAUUCUUUUGAGGAAUUAAUGAACAGCGUGAAUGAGCCAUUCCUUGCGUAUCGAGGUCUAAUAAAGCAUAAUAUAGUAUAA